GCACCUUUUUCUCUUCUUGGUGAAUCGUGAAAAGAGGCGGCGUGAGGUAUUUCACCAUGCCGGUCUACUUUCAGCGGCCAGAAAAUGCCCUUAAAAGAGCUAAUGGUAAGAAAUAGUUUUCAUCUACUUCAUAAGGCAUUGUCUUGCACCUAUUUAGAAAUCAAAAAGGUUUGAAACAAAGCAGUAAUCCUCUCGUACUCCUGUCCGCCAUUUUAAGAAGCUUUAAUUUUGAUCAUUUGUUAGCUGAUUUUAGCUUUUUCAGCUUUUCGAGAGGGUUUUGGGCUUUUCAGUGCUUACUUGUAGUGAAAAAUACGAUUUCAUCGCUACCGGCUCUUCAUAUUUGUUUCGAAUACGAUUAAAAUACCCAAGCUUACGUGUUCCUGUGCUUUUAAGCUAAGAAUUGUGGCCACGUGAUUAUACAGGUAUCGAUCAUAAGGUUGAUUUAAGCCUUUAUUGCUAGUUCAAGAUAGAUGUUAAAUUGAUUUAAGUCGUUAUGUGGUGAGCUUUUAUCAAAACCACAUGAAAAAAUAUAGGAGCAACUACAGAAUACAGGGCCGUAUUUUAAGGCCUUAAUUGCUAGUCAUGACAAGUGUUUAGAGAACGAGAAAGAUAUAAGACAUAAGUAUAAGACAGACAUAGAAGGCAUAUAUUUUAGUAUAUAUUAUAGGUACAAUGAAACCUGUGUUAAGCGGACACCCUCGGGGAAUGGGCUAUUGCAUUUAAAAUCCAUACCCCCCGGUUGAGGACUUACCUUUUCUUCUUACCCCUUAAGAAUGGCUAAAAUUGCAUUCACCCCUAAAAUGUGGGCUUACCCCCGAAGAAUUGGGUCAUACCCGUGAAGAAUUUUGUGAAAAUUAAGGCUUCACCCCCAAAGAAUUCCAUAUUUUUUCACUCUACCCCUGAAGAAAUCCUCAAUUUUUAUAACUUACCCCUAGAGAAUUACAUGGUUCCUCAACCGGGGGGGUGCGGAUAUUAAAUAAUGCAAUAGCCCAAUGCUGUAGUGUCCACUUAAUUAAUUAAUACAGUAUAUACGCCUAAUGCAGGUUUUGAUAGAUAACGUCAUAUGAGGUGUCAAGUGCCAUUCAAAUGAACAGUGGAAAUGUUAAGAAUACUCCAGAGACUUUGACUUUAUACAUUUGCAUUAGUUUCUUUAUCAGAGUCGACCAAUAAACAUAAACCAUAGAUUGCAACUCAAAUUUGAAGAAAUCAGAUGAGUGAAACAAGCUCUAUACAAACAAAACGAAAUAGAAAACAAUACUGUACCAUGAAACCAAUCACUUGGUUUCUCCUUGUUGCAGGGCAUGAAAAUGUCUUUUUUCUUCAGUAGCCAGUUGGCUCUGAAAUAAUCUAGAGUAGUACCCAAUUCCUGAAAGUUGUUCACCACUAUUUGAAAGCCAUGUAUAUUUUUUUAACUCUGUUCAUUUACAAGAUAAGUGCUAUCAACUCUCCUGGAUAUUCCAGGAGACUCCAUGGACUGUAUCUCCUGGUCUCCAGAUUAGAGUAUGAAAUCUCCUGGAUAAUCACCAGAGUUUGUCAUUUCUUCAUUAGACUCGACUGUCUGACCAUAAAAUUUCAACUUUUUUGCAUUGUUUAAUCUAUUUUAAUGUUUUUAAUGAAAGAAUUGAAUAGAUUUGAUUAAUUUUUAGCAAAAAAACUUUUUCUUUCAAAGUGAGGAUAAUAUCAAUAUCCAACAAGCCUCUUAAUCUGCUCUAGCCCCAGUUUACUGGACAAACUCAGUAACUAAAACACGAUUGUGUUCACUUUCAUGCAAUACCUACUCAUCGUCAAAAAAGUACAAGUUUUAUUAACAAAUGAAUGAUUAUUUUCACCAAAAAUGGGAAAAAUGUGUUCUUGCAGUUAAUGACAUUUUUUUUAUGGCUUAUUUGUUAUUAAUAACAAUGAUGUCUUUUCUUUACCAUGCAAUGGGAAGAAAACUCUUUAAAGCUCAACAUGAACUUAGCUGCCUACUUGGUCCAUAAUACAUAUAUAAUUAUCAUAUUGUCCGGACAAAAGCCUUCGUAAAGGGCUAUUUUAGUCCAAGAGUGUGUUUUGUGAUACCAGAAAGGGUCAUACACAAUGCAAAAAGCUACUUAAAUUCAAGAUGGCUUCUUCAGCCACCGUAGGAGAUUACGAACGUGCUGUUUUCUUGAAAACAAACGGAACAGGAAAGUUUAGAUGCCCUGUGAUCACUGCUGCAGAUUACUCUUGUGUCUUUAGCAAAUCACAGGAUCCUUAGGCAAAGUUUUAGGCGCCAAUUUGGUGACUAAUUUUAAGAGUGAAGUCACCAAAGUGAAACAUUUGGUGAUAUUGUUGCCUAUGUUAGGUGCAAUUUCAUGUCCUGUGUUGUUAAUGUUUUUGCCAUUGAGCUGGUGUUCAUCUUGGCUGCUAUUUGACUUCUAGCUGAGUUCAACAAUAUUAAUUUGUUGCUCUACUGUUUACUGAUAGUAAGCCCUAGGAUUUCACUGUAUCGAUUGUUUCCGGUACUGUGUUGUUACCGUGGUCCUAAAAUAAUGGAACAGAAAAUAGUUUCCCAGUAAUAUUUUCAGCCUUAGGGAUCAUUUUACAGAAAUUCACUAUUUUUCCACUCAGAUUUUUAACUAGUGAACCAAUGUUCUUUAAUUAUGACUCAGUUUAUAUAUGAAAUUAAAAUGUUUAACCAGUAGACCAAUUCCUUAUUUAUGACUCAGUUUAUAUUAUACAAAAUUAAAAUGGUGUCUAGCAUUUAUCAGUUUUCUACUGUCUGCCAUCAUGAAUCGUCCAAAUAGUGCAUUGCAUGUUACUGGUUUAUGGCUUCCAGGGCCGGGGAAAAUAUAUACAUGUAUGACUUGAAAAGGUAAUGAAUUCAUGGUUCAUAUCUAUGGCUCACUGAAAUACCACAAACUCUUAAGAAUAAAUGUUUCUUUUACUGUAGAAUUCAUUGAAGUUGGCAAGAAAGAGCCAGCAUUGGAUGCAUUGUACGAUGUAAUAAAAAGCAAGAAACAUCGCACCUGGCAAAACAAAAUCCAUGAGCCCAUUCUCUUCAAGUACUUGGAGCUGUGUGUAGACCUUCGAAGAAGCCACAUUGCAAAGGAAGGAUUGUACCAAUACAAGUUGAUUUGCCAGCAGGUUAACAUUGUAUCUCUUGAGGAUGUCAUUCGCUACUUCCUUAAGCUUGCGGAAGACCGAGCAGAAACGGCUAGGAAAGAAUCCCGUGACCAGGUCCCUAUUGUGGAGGAUCUGGAUCAGAUACAGACUCCAGAAAGGUACUCCCUUGUUUGCAAUGUUUGGCAUGAAUUAGAUCAGGAUUGAAGUAUUGAUUUCAAAAUCUAAUGUUGUUCCCGUAAUUUAGAAUAAUCAUGCAUCAUACAAAUUUAUCCUUAUAGCCCAGGGGCACUCCCAUAUAAAAGUGAAGGGGAUGCUCAUCGGAAAAUUAAAAUUAAACCUCUAAGAGAGACCAAUGUGGAUGUGGCUCAAGCUUAAACUGACUCCUAAAGGAGACCAUAUUAAAACAGACAUCACAGCAUAUUUUGUAAAUUUCUUUAUGCACAGCCCCAAGUGAUAGCUGAAUGGGCAAAUAGUAUAGUGACUUACCAUCCCAAACACCCUAAGUAAGAUCAAAAUCUGCAGUCUUACCCCUUAGUGAGACGACGAGCAUCCCCAUCACUUUUGUAUGGAAGCCGCCCAACCCCCAGGCCUUAAUUUUAAAGUCCCCCAAUUCACAGUUAAGCAAUAUGAAGCAACUCAAGCAAGCUGCUGAAAAUUUGUGGUUUAAUUCUAUCCUUGGUUCAAAUUUUCUUUUUGUUGUUGAGUUGGAAACAAAAGAAAAGAAAAUUUAAACCAAGGACAAAAUUGAACCACAACAUAUACACUAAUCGUUGUUCUUGUUUUGUGAAUGUCUCCUUUUUGUUUGCAGUGGAAAUUAAAAAUUAAUACUGUGGAUUCAGGUUGAGCGUUUAAUGACGUCAGUUAUCGCGUUCGUUAUCACGGUUGAUUGGUUUCGUUGCGAGGCAAAUUGUCAGACGGUGCUAGGCGGAGGAUGAUAGCGUUCUGUCGGAGAAAAGGCGUGUUAAAGAAUGUAAACAUAUUGACCGUAAGCAGAGCGGUCACUCUUAUAUCCCAGGAAAACCUUUAUCCUCUGACCUAAGACAUAUUAUCAUCGAUAAAAUCAUUGAUGGGGGAGGUAACCCACUAACAAUGAUAUUUCCCGGUCGAUUUGUAAAUUUAGUGAGCGUCGAACAUGCGUCCGUAUUAGCUUGUGAACCUCUGCUCCCGUCUCAGCCAUGUAUACCAGUAUCCACGGCUGGUGAAGCGAAUUCAAAGACUCUUAUUCUGAUGUUCUUAGCUCCUUUCUCUAACAAACCGUUCAUCUGCAAGCUGAAAUACUUUCUGGACAAAUCUACCGCGUCGAAAGUUUGAAUUCAUCCUUCGGAGAUGGUGCACCUCGUUCACAAUGCAUUCUACAAACUUGCUCUAUUCCAGGCUCAUAAGCUCUUCUUCGACAAUAUAUACUGGAGUUAUUGUUUUUGUAGAUUAGUAGGAGUAUUCUAUCUUGAUUUCAAUCGCCAUGACAUACAGAUCGAUAAGACAACACACCUUUUCCCAGACAGAAUGAUAUCAUCCCCGCCUAGCAACGCCUGACAAUUUGCCUCGCAACACAACCAAUCAACCAUGAUAACGAACGCAAUAACUGACGUCAUUAAACGCUCAACCUGAAUCCGCAGUAUGAACUGUUGAGGCAUUCACAAGCUCUAUGCUCCUUUUGUUAUUGUUGUUUGUUUUGUGGACCAUUGUAAUCUUACACUCUACAUUUAUUUACCAUACCCAAGAACAGUAGAAAAUAAACCAGGGAUAAUAUUAAAUGCUAUCUAUAUACAUUGUAUGUAUCAUGCUAGUGUCCUGCACACUCAAACAUAUCAGUAGCCUUAGUGUCAUGUACACAUACAUGUAGUAAUAGUUUUUUUAAAAAAACCUGCUAUAGCUUUUCUGAGUAGUACAACAUGCUCUGAAACAUGGAAGCUUGGUGUGGGUUAUGAAACCAACACUCUCUGACAUUAACUUUGGAGAGUUUGAAAAUAAUUUCUGAUUUUGUUAGAUUAAACUUCUGUCUUUCUUUACCUCUUUAGUGUAUUGCUCAGUUUUGUCAGUGGAGAGGACACUCAGGAUCGUACUGACAGGGUUAUGUUAACACCCUGGGUGAAGUUUCUUUGGGAAGCUUACCGCAAUGUGUUAGAACUGCUGAGAAAUAAUGUCCGUGUGGAGAAGCUAUACCAUGACACUGCCCAACAAGGUAACAUAUCUUUUGAUAAUGUUCUAUGCUGUUUAUGUACAUGUACAUAGACAGGGAAACUCCAUUGUGUACUCAGUGAUUUUUUUUCGAAAUUACUGUGGAGUGGUCUCGUGAAAAAUCCCUGUCCAGAACCAUUGAGUCCAAUGCUCAAGAUCCUUGAACCCUCAUGUAACCAGAUAUUAAACCUUGGUAACAUUAAUAUUAUUAUGACUCAAUAUUACAGUAUACUGAAAGUAAACUACCGUGUUUCUAUUCCUAAGUACAGUACAACAUAUAACGCAACUCCAACCCCAGUUGCCCUUACACGUAUUUAUUUACCUUUUUUAUUCCUAGAAGUGGCUAAAGUCAAAAUUCCACAAAAAUUCCAAAGUUCAUUUUUUCAAAUGCUAAAAUCAAAUGACAGUGUUGAAAAUAAAUGCUCUGCCAAAGAAGUACUCAGUUCUCAUUAAUGGUCACCCUGCAAGAUUUCCUUCACAGAUGCAAUAGUUAGAAACAAUGUACAUGUACAAGACUCCAUCAUUCACUUUUUAAAAAUAAAGGGUUAACAAGGCCCGGAUUGCACGCCAUGUAUGGAACUAUUGGAAAUAAAAUGAUUUUCAGUGGAGAGUUUGAGUGGAAAUGCCGUGUAUUCUUUGAAAUCCGUACCUACAGAACUCUUUUAGGCAGACAAUAGGGGUCGUUUUAUUACAGAUUAAAAAUCACAUAAGCAGGACUUAAACCACAAAUGUCGUUAGAUUGAUAGAAUAAAUCUUUGCAUCCUACAGGAUGCACAUCAUCCUUAGGGAGUUUUAUAACCAGUGAUGCAAGGGUAACAUAAUCACAUGUACUUCAUGGAACUUUUUACUUAACAUUAUUUUUUAAGGUUGAUGAAUUAAACAAAAGAGUAGUUUAGCAGUUUACUGACAAAGAAUACUCUGGUAUUUUAGCUUUCAAGUUUUGUUUGAAGUACUCUCGACGUACAGAAUUUCGAAAGUUAUGUGACAAUGUAAGUACAAUUUCAUUGUUAUUUAAUGCUAAGUAUACAGCGCUAGAACUGUUAUUGAAUUAUUUAACAUUGACUUUACAGCCAUUUACAUUGUACUAUCCUGACAUUUUUGUUAUAACAAGCUCAUUCUCUUUAAGUGAAGUUGAACUUUUUUACCAUAGUGUUUGUAAAAUUGCUUUUUCAGUGCUUUUAUGCCUUCUUUCAAGUGACAGUCCUCUAGAAUACUCAUUAAAAAAAAUUUAUAAUGAAAGGCUACAGACGUACACAGCCUUAACAAUAACUUACAUUUAUUUAAAAGAUAGGAAGGUUGAAUAGAACUAGCAGAACCUGUGGGAAAGGUUGGCUGCUUUCUGUUGAUUGUCAAACCUCAGUCUUCAAUGCAACAGCUAGAGAUAAGGAUACAUUUACACUGAAUAUUUCCUCGCAUUGUAGUGUACUCUACUUUCAUUUGAUAUUCCAUUGUCAACAAAAUAAGGCGAGAUAAUAGUUGCACAUAUCUCUUACAGUUUUGCAUGCUUUUCUGCUAGUGACAUCGAAGGUGGGAAAGUUGCCACUAGAAAUGGAGCAAGUUGCCCAUUGAAACACCCAUUACAGCUUACAUUCUUUGUCAGCUCUGUCUACAGUCAAUGAUUUUUUCCCCUCUUUUUUAUACCUGAGUUCACUUAUCCUGACUUAUAAUAAAUUUAUCCCUUCUCUUGCUCAGUUGAGGAACCAUUUAAACAAUGCAAUAAAGCAUCAAGGACAACCCAAUGCAGUGAACCUCACCAAUCCAGAAACAUUACAGCUACAUCUGGAAACACGGCUGGCUCAGCUGGAGAGUGCUAUUAACAUGGAGCUAUGGCAGGUCUGUCACAUAAUUAGGGAAAAACAGUCACUCCACUCUGAGGCAUUAAACUCUGCAUGUAGCUGCAGUGUAAAUGGGAUUUUCACAAACUCUUUUAACUCAUCCAAUCUUUGCUGCAGGUAUACUGACAUUAAAGUCUGUGUCUGUGGUCGUUGUGUUGUCAUCAUCACUCAAAAUAAAUUUUUUUUGUGAUCGAAAAGACUGGUCAAGUUGUUGGACUGGCUAAGACUGCAGAAAUACAUUACUGCUCAAAAGUAAGUUACCACCCUUUCACGAGACUCUCAUCUCUAAAGACAAUACAUUCAUCUUUCGCGUCGAGACUCUCAUCUCGCAAGGAGAAGGUUAAAAAACUGUAAGUGUCAAACAUCUUCGGAAUUGUCAUGGAUAUCGUGACAAAAAUACUUCUGUGCACAGCUUUCUGAUCAUAAUGCGUUAGACCUCCAAUUCCGCAAGUAUACUUCGAUAAAGAACAUGGUUGUCAUGUAUAUGUACAGUUUUGCAUGAAAAUUAAUUUAAGUGAGUUUUUUGCUUGAUUAAAACUGAUCAACUGACUUUUAAAUCAGCUCAUAACACAGUAAUGAUUGUGCUCAGAGACGAGUUUUGGAUUGUGCUAGCAAGUGUGGUUUUCUGCUGACCGAGGGAUGAAAGAAGCGGAAACGUUUUUCUCACACACGGCUGGGAGUAUGGGUUUGAGGCAAAAUUUCAUUAGAACUUCACAUGGAAGAUGGUUAUGAAUGUCAAGAGCCAGAGUUACAAGUUGCUAAAUUCCAAGUUUCUAGAAACUUGAAAUUGGAGAGUUGCCAAAAUUACUUUGGUUGGGAACAGACAACAAUUGCAUGCAUUUAAUCACCUAGGAUUUCAGCUGACUUGAAUACAGCCCCAAAAUAUUUUGGAUUAAGCUCAAAAUAAUAAUAUUGUUUGUUAGAAGAGAAAAAUUAAUAGUUCCAUACUCUUACAAAUGUAGCUGAAUUUUGAAGCCUAGUCAUGACAGCAUUUUGACAAGAGCUUUGUUGUUUUGUUGUCUUUCCGUUUCUUGGUCAAAGAGAUAUCUUGAGUUUCUCUCAUAAUUUAUUCCAAAUUGCCUCUUCAGUGAUUCUUGAGAGACGAGUGAGAUGAGACUGGUAGGUUACUUUUGAGCGGUAACAUACACUCUUCACAGAAUAUCUAAUGACUACAAUUUUAUGUCAAGAAAGUCCAGAUUUCAUGGAAUGUCAAUGGGUAAUCAAAUUUUUACUCAUUCCCUACAGUCAUUAUGUCAUUACCUUGCACUUUAGGAGGCAUUUAAAGCUGUAGAGGAUGUUUAUGGACUGAUGCAGCUGUCCAAAAGGCCCCCAAAGCCACAAGUGAUGGCCAACUAUUAUCAGAAGGUUGCUCUUGUUUUCUGGAAAGCUGGCAACUACUUAUUUCAUGCAAGCACCCUUCAUCGUCUUUAUGUACUGUCCAGGGAACAGAAACGCACCAUGACUAAUGAGGAACAUCAAAAGUAAGUCAGGUUUUGUAUAGAGAGUAACAUACAGUUCUUGUAUGAUGAGUGAGUCAACUAGUGAUGACAGUACAGAAUAAAAAUAAUGUGUUAAAAAAAACAUGAUGAUUGUUUCAAUAACAGCAUGUUAUCAUUGUUGUCUUAUGUUGUUAAUUCCUUUUUUAGUGGCUACAGUUUCUCGAUAAAAGUGUAUGUCAUGUGUAGGUCAUUUCUAUCAUUCUUGUGCGGUAAAGUGAAACCUUCGGAGCCGAAGCUGUGUUCGAUACCUGCUAUCUCCCAUUCUCGGUUUCAUAAAAUGUUGAUUAUUGAUUGAUUUCUUUGCUAUUUCUAUCCAUUCGAAAUUGCUCUAAGUGUUGAUUGAGUUGUACUGGUAUUGAAUAUUUUUUUAAUUGCUUGUAUUAUUAAACAUUGAAAAUCACAAUGUUGGAAAAUGCUAAGACGAAUCUGCCACUUUUACUAUGUAAACAUUCAAUUAAAAUGUCAUAAAUUUGCGUAAAUUUAAAACACUGACAUUUUUAAAGUUUUGUCUUUAAUGUGGUAAUUUUGUUACAACAUUAAUUUUGUAAUAAGUGCUUUAUCUUUGCCAGAAAUUACAAUAGUUUUAACAUUGACUAAGCCGCUGAACGAACCUUACAUGCUACAUUGCACUUGCAGUGUAGAAGUCGCUACACAACAUGACUGCCUUGAAGUUCUAUUUUGUUUUUCAAGCACAUGGUGUUUGAUGGACAUUCGUUCCUUUGUCACUCGUUGCAAUGUUUCGUUGCAUACAUUUUUGCACAGACAACACACGGUAAACAUAUUGGUAAUGGAAGACAAUUGUGUUGAAAAACAAGGUACACUGAGUGAAACAAACUAUUAAAUAAUUUAAUUUUUUUCUUUGGAAAAUAAUUGUCCUCUCAUCACAUGGCAUUAAAUGUUUAAGCUUCAGACCAUAGGUACCCGUCACUGCCCUUUUUGUCGUACAGAUUAUUUAUUGCCGGUAAGCUCAUGUUCGCGCAGAGGACUAUUGUUUUGUAUGUAUGUGUCAGCGUUAGCACCAAUAUCCAUUAAAAAAAUUUACAUAGUUUAGUCACAGCUCUUUCAAGGAGACUGUCUUUGUGAACUUGUCAAGUAUCAUGUUAUGCAUUGUCUUGGAAGUACCGCAAAAGUCCGAAAAUAAGCCCCUCCAAAUAUAAGCCCGCCAAACCGGUAACACAAAAAACCCUCUGUUAAAUUGCCCCUCCAAAUAUAAGCCUCCGGGGGCUUGUACUUGGAAAAUUGCCCUCAAAUACAAAGUAAAACAAGCAAAAACGGUAAAUUUACUUCCAACUAUAAGGCUAGCCCAAUCGAUUUUGAAAUGCAAAUUUCCUUCCGAAUAUAAGCCCCUCCAAAAAUAAGCCCCUCAAAAAAAGCCUUUGAAAAAUAUAAGCCCCGGAAUUUUACUGUGCUCGUAUCAUUUUCAACAAUCAGUUUUUUUUUUGGUUUCUUUAUCUUAAGUGUUUCAACAAUUGUCGUAUUGUGUAAUAAUCUACUUAAAUUACCAUAGGAUUUUGAUGCCAAAGGGUAAUCCUAUAUUCAAGGCGGUAAUUUCCAUUACAAAACUUUUACCUUCCAACUGUCAUUUAGUGAAAUAAAGUUGCUCAAAAUUGGCCUUAGCUUUGUGAAUGAUGUAAAACACUGUAAUUCCAAGCACACACAGGAGUAGUGGUUAUUUAUAAAGUUGUUUACAAAGUCUUAAUGGUGAUUACUUGAAGUUGGAAUGUUUUCUUUCCUUUGUUUUGCAGAAUGGCUUCACGAGUUUUGCUAGCAACCCUGGCAGUUCCAAUUCCAGUGUCACUCAGUGAGACAGAAAAACACCUUGAGUAUGAUGAAAUUGUGCGUGAGAAAUCACGACGUUUAGCCAACUUACUUGGCUUACAGAGUAUUCCCACAAGAGCAUCCCUUGUAAAUGACAUGGUAAGAAGCAAAACUACACAUCAUUCAUUUUCUUUAGACUUGGGGUACUUACCAUUUACAGUACAUGGAAAAACUGGAAAUUCUAGUUGGAAAAUCAAAUGGUGCGCACUAUUCCAUUUGGGAUUCUUCAGAAAACAUGGGCAAUGCAAUAUUUUUCUACUCUUUUUAGUCUGUUCAACUGUUUUGGAUAGUAUUUUGUGGCAGGAUGUUCUCCUACCACGUCAAAAUAAUUUUACAGUUUAAUGUUUAUGCACAAGAUUUCCACCCGGGUGGUUUGUGUAAAUGGUAAGCACCCCUGGUUUUCACUUGCAACAGAGUCAAAGUCACAAUCAGUAGCAUGGGGCAUUAUAUUCUAGUGAAUAUCAAACCUAUGGCAUCUAAACAGCAUUUCCAAUUCCUCUAUGAAUCUGUUGCUUAUGAUCUAGUGAAAGCCAUAAGUCAAAGCUGGGGAACCAACCAAAUGCAGCACUUUGACCCAUCCAUUUUGUAUUCAGUCAAUUCUCUAAAAGGGACGCCAUACGGACCAGCCCCAGCAGGCUGUCUUAGAAUAACUUCAAGUACCAUGACUGAAAAACAGCAGGGAAACGUCCAACACCAGGUGUCCAUCUUAGAGAACGGUGUUUAUCUUAGAGAGGUGUCUGUGAAGAGAGAAGAAAUUGUAGUUUAUUCUUUCAAUUUUGGCUUGUGACUCCCACGAACUAUUUUACAUGUAUGUGAGAAGGUGCAAGGGUGUCACAAGUGGAAUCAAAUGGAUGUGUUCUGACUUUUGUGAGUUUGUUUUGAUUGAGUUUACUGCUCUGUUUUCACUAAGGCUUAAGCACUCAUAUGAGUCUGUUGCCAGGGAAAACCACCCUUAAAGGUAGAGCACCACAGUGUAGUAUAAGAAGUACCCCAAACGUUUUAAUGUUAGUUUCUAAGUUAACAAACUGAAAAGUAAGUCAAAAUACUGGGCUAUAAGGCUCAGCCACAAUUUUUGGCGAUGUUCACCGUAACUACAAGAUGCUUUCCAAUGACGCUGAUUGCAGCCAUUCACCUAAGUGAACAAAAGCGAAAACGGUUACAUAUUAUUAAAUUUUUCAAUCAAAAGAGAAAAAUCGCACCUAUCAACACAAAAGCAUUGUUUUCUAAGGCUGUGAAUACUUAGGGAAUCUGUUUUCGUUCCAUAAGCAAGUCAGCUGUCUUGGUUGCGGCAUAUUGACAUCAAUCGCAUAAUACACAAGCCUGAAUAUUUUGUUAAUUAACUGCCAAAUAUGGUAAAAAAAGCCCUUGUUCAUCAAAAUAACUGUGAUAAAAGAGCUCUCACAACACUCGGUUAUAAGAGGCACUUCAAAAUUACAACAGAUCUAGAGCUAUCAAGCAAACUUUCCUUGAAAAAUGCUGCACCUUAUAAGCGGAAAAAUAUGGUAUUUGGAUUUAUCUCAUAAGAAUCUGAAUUUCGCAAAGGCAAAAUAAAACUGAAAUGUAAUAUUAGAUGUCAAUGUGGAAGAAGAACAACUAUUUACCAAAGCAUUGCAAGAUGUCUCAUACAUAGAAAGUCACCUCUAAUUGUCAUCAGCAAUAAGAGGAAGACAAAGCUAUAAGAGAACAACAAGCCUUGUAUUAUUUCACUUUGAAUGUUCGUGUUUCCUUGUUUAUGUUGUAGAUUAAGAUGAAUGUUCAGCAGCAUAUUAUGCCGCAGUUACAAGACCUGUAUCAGGGUCUGGAGAAGGAAUUCUCACCCCUGAAGCUCUGUGCUCGAGUUAACACCAUCUUUGAGUUCUUACAAGAAAAUGAAGAUUUAGAAUUAGCACAGUAUAUCAAGCCCUUGCAAGAGGUGGCUAUAGUAAGGCUUUUGAAACAGGUGAGCCCAGCUUUAUCUGCUUUUCAAGGCUCUGUGUGGGUACAGUGACAUAUUUACUGUUGAUCUGUGUAUAUAAUAACAGGUUUCUCAAGUGUACCAGACUGUGGAGUUCAAGCGACUCUUGUCAUUAGUGCCAUUUGCCACAGAGUUUCAACUGGAAAGAGCCAUAGUAGAUGUUGCUUUGGCAAAUGAACUACAGGUAUGUACAUGUGUUGAUUAUCGCAGGGGCCUCCCGUGUGCAAAGCAUGUAUAGAUUUGUGGAUUUCUUUGCAAUGAUUCCACUUACAUUCUGUGAAGUAAAAAUGAUAUUAAUGCGUAAGUGGGAUCUUCACUUUUAGCUCUACCUAAAUGUAUGUAUUACGUACAUUAUGUAUCUGUUUAUUCAGGUGAUCAGAGUUGGUUUGUGUAUCUAAGUUGAACCUCUACAAGCACAACCUUUUUUUUACCCUGCUGGUGUUUAGUUCAUACAUGCACUCUUGAUUUGUCUAACCUCUUCAAAGGUGGCCACUUCUCCUAUUGGUAGUAUUUAAACAAACUAGGAGAACCACUUUUUAAGUUCUCCAUCAGUUUCUCUGUAUGAUUUUCUGCCAUAGACGCAGUGAAGCCCAUGUCCUGAAAAUUAACAUGAUGUAAAGCCAUUCAGUUACCUAUUGUAUAUACCCUAAAGAAAAUUGUUUUGUUUGGCUUUGCUUUUUGUUAGGUGCGUAUUGACCAUCGAAGUAAAGCAGUCAGCUUUGGACUUGAUCUUCAUGUGGCACAUAAAGAGGAGGUACCAGAGGGGCCUUAUCUCCAGGUAAGCAAAAAAUCUUUAUCUUUAAGCUACAGAGGGUAAUAUACUCUUUACAGUUAGUCAUUCAUGUGGUACAAAACCCUCUUGCUGGAGAGGCUGAGCAAGGGAUGCAGUGGAACAAGACAAACAAAGACAGCAUCAGCAUUCUUGUAAAAUGGUAAUUUUCUUUGUUUGUUUUAUCCCAGUGUGUUCCUUUCUCUCCAGCAUAGUGGUUUUGUACAAAUGUGCCAUGUGAAUGACCAGCUUCAAAGGGCUUGUUUGGGUUACUAUUUCUUUUGGUAACUUGAUUCACACGAAGAUGCUACAUGUAGUGCUAUUACUUAAACAUAUAAACUAUGUUUAUGUUGUAUGAUGAUGAAAAAGGUAAGACAGGAUCCGUUAGGAAAUUGAGUAAUUUUAAUUUUCAGUGGUGGACAAAAACCUUGUACCAGAGUAAUUUAAAUCAUAUUGCAUUCUUUUUAGCCUGAAUUUCACCCGAUUACUUCGAGUCGUUAUUACUCCCUCAGUAACGUCUGAAUCGACCGGCCGUUAAUGCCGUCCAGUGACGUCACUACUCCUUGACCUUUCCCUUAAUUCAUGCAAAAAGCAAAACACGAUUUUCAAGUGGCAAACCGAGAAAUAUCGUUUGGAAAUGUCUGCAUGAUACAGAACUGCUUUAUUUUUUUCGAUUGUAGUUCAUGUUUAACGUUCAAACUAUCAACUGCAUGCGGUACAACUCUGAACCAGUUGUAAUAAAUUCUAAAAUCAAACUCGGUCGCAAUCACGCAAUGAAAUAAACACACACACGGAACACUUGGUUCAAAAACACAAUGAUUUGCUUUAAUUGAAAAGAAGCCAUUUGGUCCUUAACGAAGAAAAAAACUAGGAGACAAGAAAGAAAAGCUAACAGAAUCAUUACACUUGACGGUAAAAAUAGCAAGAAGGUCGAGUAAUUCAUAACAUUGACCUCAGAAAACUUCGCGUAAACAAAAUCACCGGCCGCCGAAACCACAAAGCGGCUCUGAAUGAAAACUCACUUACCGACUCUCCGCGAUGAUUCUUCAUUCGCGGUUCAAUUUAGCAUUUCAGUUUCGAAGACAAGGGCAAUUUUGCUGUUUAAGAUAAAGAUUAAGCUUAUAGAAAUGUUUGAACUAACCAAAAGAAUGCCAGGGAUGUGAUACGCUGAAUAUCAAAUGACAAUCCCGCUAAAAUUUAACAUAAUUAUACAUAAUUAUGCGAAUGUUUAGACAAUCAACCAAUCAAAGUCACUACCCAGUUUUCGGGUAGUGAGUGACGUCACUGGACGGCAUUAACGGCUGGUCGAUUCAGAUGUUGUUGAGAGGAGAAAACGACUCGAAGCAAUCGGAUGAAUUUCAGGCUACAUUCUUUUUUGCACUUUUCAAGGGCCAUAAAUGAAAUAAGUUAUAUGAAAAAUAACUCCAAACAAAAGGUUCUUAUGGGACCCCAAGAAAACAAACUUCAAGAGCUUCAAAUUUCACAAAAUGAAAUCUGAUGCUUGAUAAUUUAACCUGUGUUUGCUCUAUUCCUGUGAAAUAUGAAAUUUAUUUUCUCGGGCUUCCAUGAGAACCUUUUCUUUGGAGUUAUUUCAUAUAACUUAUUACAUUUAUAGCCCUUGAAAAGUGUUAAAAAGAAUGCAAUAUUGCUUAAAAUAGUCUGGUACAAGGUUUUUGUCCACUGAAAAUUAAAAUUAGUGAAUUUCGUGGUGGAUUGUGUGCCAUCUUAACUUCUUUUGAAAUAAUUUAAAGAAUAAAGAUUUACAGCAAAGUUUGCCAAAAAAUAUUUAAAGUAGACAGUUUUAGGGCAAACGCGAGAAAAUGUUGCUUUGUGCAGCAAUGAGGUUGCAGGCUAUGUAAAAUGGAGUUUAUGUGAAUCAGCAAAUUUGCUGCUAAUAUUUAUAAGGAAAAGUUAUUUUCAUCAGUUGUGUUCUACCAUUAUAAAUAAUAAUUAUUAUAAAAGUUGUAGUAAUGCUUGCUGUAUGUGAUGACAAAAUUAUCACCACCUUGUCCUAACAUCCACCUGUGAUGAGGAUAAACUGUACCACCCAUAGACUGAUGAACAGCAAGUUUACACUGUUGGUUAUUAAAAGUUAAACUUUUUUCUUGUUUUGUUUAGUCACUAUUUUUGUUUCUCUUUUGUUACAGUCAAUGCCAUCAGAACGGCUAAGAAAUCAGUUGACUCUGAUGUCUUCAGCACUGCACAAGGCCAUCAAUAAAAUUAAACCUGAGGCUAUCAAGGUUUGUUACAAUUGAGAGGUUAAGCAUGACAUUUACAGCAAACAGCUGCUUUCUGUUUGCUGUCAGUCAUCACUGCAUCUUGUUCUAAGCUUAUUAUUAUUGGUACAUGUGUAAAGUUUUUGUGCUUGCUGUAUGUGAUGAUAAAGUGUACACCACCUUGUCCUAACAUCCACCUGUGGUGAGGAUAAUAUUCAACCACCCAUAGACUGAUAAACAGCAAGUUUACUUUUACUGUGAGUUUUAGUAUGCUAUAAAAUAUCAGUAACAUUACCUUCGUGUUUUUUUUUCUCUCUCUCUCUUUAAUUUUAAUUGGACUGCUAUUUUGUUUACUUGCAAUUGCAUAGGUAAGCAUAUCAGGACUUGAAAUAGAAACAAAUUGUGGCCAGUGAAUACCCAGUGUCGAAACAGCUCUCUGUGAUUUUUUUUGUCGUUGUUUGAUGGGUCAAAAGUGUUAUUUUUUCCUUUUACAGCAAAAGUGCCAGGAUGAACAGCAGAGAAUUGUUCAGCUGUAUUUGCGCUCAGCUAAGAAGGAACACAAGCAGAUGCUUGAGAGGAAGGCUGUGAUUGAAGCUCGCAAAGAAUACUUAGAAUCACUCCAUGUUAAAAGGGUGAGUGUCAAGUGCUUGCUUUUUCUUAGAUGGAGUGGGAGGGGGGAAAUGAGGGCUGCUAAAAUGUUCUUCAGACUAUUAAAACAAACAGAAAAAGAUCAUCAACUAACCUUUCUCCUCCCAUCCCUGUCUCUUAAGUUUAGUUAAGUAAAAUAUAACCAUGGAACGGUAUUUGGAAGCAUAAUUAUGUUGCAAUAAGCAGUUUAGCUUGCAUGGCAGGCAUUAAAAAGGGAAAGGAAAGAGGAGUAUUUGUGCCUUUCCCACGUCUUCUUUGGGUUUUGGGCGUGUUGGGUGUGGUAAGGUUUAAAAUUCUGAGAGUAGACUACGAUGUUCAUCGACUGUGUACAAAAUUUAUAUUUACCGCACUGUAUCUCGAAAGAUUUGAAGAGCACUUCGGCUUGUAGUUGUAGCUAUCUGUCUAUGAACAAGCCACAGUCUUUCAAGCAACUUAGACUUACCGGUAAUUCUUUUGACAUCAGGAACAACAAGAGCAGAAGAUGUUAAGGUUACAACAGCAGGAGAGUUUAGAAGCUGAGCAGAAGCGUCUUCAUGAAGAGAGACAGAAGCGUGAGGCAUUGCGUCGGAAACAAGAGCUACAAGAGAUAGAAAAGAAGCAGGCCAUGGAUAAGAUUGCUGCUCUCAAGAAAACAUCUGUUGGAGCUAAAGCAUUGAAGGACCUAACAGAAGAGGUGAUUAACUUCGUAGCCGAUAUUUCUUGCAACUACAACUGUAGAUGGCGUCUUUUUGUAUCCAUUUUUCUGAACAGAUACUUGUUAAGGCUUGGUUUUUUGUUUUAUAUGCUGUAGAAUGUGACCAUUGUCUAGGACAUUCAUUUGCAGUGGAGUUGCUUUUAAAAUGAAAGUAUUUUCCUGAUAGAACAAUUAUUCUAGUAACACUAUUCUGUCUAUGGGGGGCAUUAAAAAGCAACAUUUUGUUGUCAAUUUGAACAGGAAAUAGAAGCCAUGGAUGCCGAUGACAUUCUGGCCAGACAAGUUGAGCAGCUUGAUAAAGAGAAGAAAGAACUGCAGAUAAGGCUCAAGACACAGGAGAAAAAGGUACUCACCCCUUUCCCCUUCCCUUCCCCCAAUGGUAGGGGAAAUGAGACAUACCGUGAAGGAAAUGUUUGACUUGAGUUAUGGACUAUGAGUUUAUUGACUCACCAGAUAUGAAAAGCAGGAUAAAAUUGUAGGAAAUAAAAAGCUGAAAUUCUCUUGAGCAAGAAUUCAUGAUAAACGCUCCGCAGAUAAAACUAACAUACGAUCUGUAUGGGGUGGAAAAUAUUACUUAUCAACCAAACUUUUUGUCUUUGUUUUGAGUUGUAAUUCCCUGCAGCCGAUUGCUUUAUUGACAAUGUUUAAAAAUAGGGGAAAAACUAUAAAUACCGGCAGACUAUGAAUAUACCUGUCGUCCCUUGCCCUCCCCUCCCCUCCCCUUUGGACGCCUGCCUAACAGGCCAGUUGAAUUCAAACCCAUACACCCAUGGGCACAUUCCUCUUGUUGGCCUUCCAUGAUUACUGUCCUGUUGUUACGUUUGCAAAUUACCAUGUUGUUGAAUGAUUAUUGUGCUCAUCAGUUUUGCUUUAGAUACCACACCAAGCCACACCUGGAGAACUAUUAAAAUCGUGAAGCCUUUAUUUUUGUUUGCUCUCUCUAGAUGGAUUACUUUGUAAGAGCUAUGCGUGUCGAGGAAAUUCCACUUCUGAACAAACAGUAUGAAGAGCACUUAGUGCAAGAUAAGGAGUUUUGGGAAGAGCAAGAAGAAGAGAGGGUAAGAAGUUUUGAUGUUUUUUUUGAUUUUCCUCUUAUUGUAGCCUCCCACGCAGACCUCCUUUUGGCUCGUCACGCAAUCCUCCUGAACGCGUGACGAAGCCCUUAGAACGUCCACGUGAGAAGCUACUCUUAGUUGAAGCUUAAAAAGAUAACUAAUUACUUGGGGUGAGCUCGUUUCAUAAGCUUAAGUGGUGAAAGUAUUAAUUAAUAAAUUGAUUUGUUUUAUUUCUUAUUAUGUGGCAGAUUAACAAAACUGUUACCGAGCACAAGAAACUGGUAGAAACUAGUGGCAGACUUCAACGAAUGGUUCCUGACAAAGACGCUUUUCUUGAAAACCUCAACAAGGCUCGGCAAGCAGCUCAUGAGGUGAGAAACACAUCAUGUACAAUGUACCGUGAGAAAGUCGCCAAUGAUGAAGGGUGCGUCAACACAGACGUGUAGAGAUUUAUGAAAUGUAACAUGCCGCCCCCCCUCUCCCCUCCGACCGAGAGCCUUUUUUUUCACGUAAUAGCAAGUUACCGGCGCUUUAGAGUUAAUCCUCCAUUUCCUAGAAUAAUGUUUGUUAGGCACUCGACCUGUGAGAAUUUAUUGAGUUCCUUUGAUUCUUUUUCCAGGAAAAGAUGAAGGAAUUUCAAAAACGUUUGGAUGAGGCUCGUAAGAGGCGUAUGGAAGAACGGCGUAAAGAACGUAUUUUGGAAAGAAAGGUACAGCGCAGAAUUGAAAAGGAAGAAAGGGAAAGAAAAGAAAGGGAGGAAAAAGAAAGGCGAGGUAAGAUAUGACACAUAUUUAUAUAUGGCUACAGUACUUGUUUUAACAGAGUUAGAUUGAUUUUGAAGGCGUAUUGUUGCAUGUUGCUUUCGUACAUAUACCCUUGUUUUUAGCAGUGCUCUGUCAUCUGUAGAUAUAUUUAACAAUAGAACAGAACUAUUUGAUAAACGCAGGGAGUGUUUUAUCAAGUUAAAACACGGGGCAUAUCUGAGUUGUUUACUCAACUGCUUGAUGUAAAACCUUGACCCCAUAAUAAACUGUGUCACACUGCAAUUCUGAUCAGUAGGUAUCCAAGAAAUAGUAUUGCCCAGUUGCUUUCUUUGAAUGCAUGUCAUCUGCAUAAUUAUACAGCUGAUUCAAUAAAGGUUGCUUUGGGCAUUGGGAAUUGGGCACAAGGAAGCUAUUGUUUGGUGGCAACUCGGGAAAUCAUUACAUUGUUCCGUAUGCCCAAACGCCCAACUGCUAAUUCCCAAUGCCUAAAGCAACCUUUGCUGAAUCAGCUAUAUAUUGAAUGAUGAUGAUGAUGAUGAUGAUGAGGAUGAUGAUGAUCAUGAUGAUUUGCAUUAGGAUAUUUACAUGUACAUUGUAAACAGUUAUCAAAUGCAGCAUAUCAUUUUGUUGUAGAGCGCGAAGAGCGUGAGGAGGCUGAGCGAAAGGAAAAAGAGGAAAAGGAGCGCGAGUACCAGGAGAGAAUCGCCAGGUUGAAUGAGAUGGAGCGUAAGAAGAAAGAAAGGGAAAAGGAAAUUGAAGAAAGGGAAGCUGCUCGAGAGAGGGACACGAGAGAUGGGGACAACAGAGACAACAGGGAUAGAUGGGGUCCCCCGCGAAGAGACGUCAGAGAUGAAAGAGGUAAGCUGAGCUAGCUCAUAUGAGCCACUCACUACAAUAUUCACUGCCAUAAAGCAAGUUAUUAAGUCAUCCUCUCUUCUGUCAGGAUUUUUUUUGUGGCUAGUGAAAAGGUUUCCUUUAAUUCAUUCCCCCUGAACCGCCCGAAACGGCCCGUGCACAUCCACAUCCGUUGUACCUCUCUUGACGUCAUCAUUUUAACGGUCAAAGACGACUUUGUCAUCUAACUCGAAUAAACUUUUGCAAGGAAAAGAGGCCUUUCAAACUCAAUGACUAAACAAACCGUGUAACGUUGAACCAAAUAUUCCAAUGAAAAUCUGUUUCCACCACCCACCUACACUUCCUCCCAUCUAUUCCUACGAUCAAAUGCGCAAUCCCCAAUACCUAAAGCAACCAUUAUUGAAUCAACUACAAACAGCGUUUUGGGCAGUUUUGCUUUUUUUAGCCAGACAGUGACCAAAAAACGGCUCGACUACAAUCUUGGACAAAAUAAAUGGAAAACCUAGACCCCCCCGCCAAAUCAAGGAUGGGAAAAUGGCGCGUUUUUGCCCUUCGCGUGGCUUCAUCCUUGAUUUGGGGGGGAUGGGGGUUUGCUGUUCCAUUUUAUUUUGUCAAAGAUUGUCCGAGAGUAAGACUUGCGUUACCCAAAGCGUACUGUAUGGUAAUCAUGACUUAAAACUUGCGGUCGCAACCUCGCCUCGUCAUGAAUAAGCCCGAGCGAAAUUGCAAAAAAUGUUACUAAUGACAUUCAAUAAAUGCUUUUUGUGUAUUUCAUUUAUUAAAAAAGUAGGACGCAUGAAUACAUGACACUAUUAGUGUCAUAAUAGUAACAUACUUCUUUCACAAAACUGACUCUUUUUUCUCGACGAAAAUUCCUUUGAAAUUAUUGCGCAAACUGCAUCGGUUGCAUAUUUCUACUUAAACCUACAAACGCUCUUUGCCAGAAUAUAACGAUGGAGUUGCUUUCUCAGUACACAUCAAACAGUUCGAGCGAAAGACCCGACAGCUCUGAUAAAGACUCGGAAACAGCCAAAGUGCGAAGCGUUUACCUACUGAUGCAGAUGCCGUUUGUGAAGCAGUUUUAAACUGCGAGGGACCGAAAGCAAAAAUUGUUCAGUGGUCGUGCUGCCAAGAACGUCAUAAGAAAGGAGGAGGAAAGCAUUUACACAUGGCUAUAAAGUUAAACCGUAUUAAUAGGUGGCUGCCCAUUCGCGGCUAUUUAAAGAACAAAUGGAGCAUUUAUAUUCACUUUUCUAAUCGGCACGUUAACUAUUACACUGCUUGGUUGUAUACAACCAAAGAAGACAGAAACUACAUUCAGUCUCCUGAUUAUCCUGACUUGGCCAACUCUGGUCCACCGAGAACCAUGUCAGCGAGUCAAGCUCGAAAACAACCAAGUGUACCAGCAGCCACAAGCGACCACGAUGACGAAUCUUCCAGUGCCGCAAGCGAGGAAGAAAGGGAGGGUGAAGAAAAGGAGACAGAGGAAGGCAGGCGGGCUAGCAAAGCCGUUAAGCGAAAGCGUUCCCGACGUUUAAGUAGCUUUGAAGUUUCGAAAAUAAUCAUCGAUAAAGGAAUCCGUAACAGAACGGAACUACUCGCACUCGCUAACGUGCAAAAAGCCGAGGGCAAAACAGACCUGGCGGAGUUCGUGUUCAACAGAGGAAAUAGGGUGGUGGAAGAAGUGAUCGCAACUUCGUGGGAAAUGGAGAACGCGAGUGACGUGAUUGAGCGGAGCAAAUUAACAAGGCUGGAGCUCUUAGAGAAGUCGCUAGAAGAUCCUUCUGUCGAUCAAUGUAACGGGCAGUGGCUACAGUUGCCGAACCAGAUUCUUAGGUGGAACGACGUGUCGCGGGAGGCCUUCUCAGAAUUCUAUUCAAGGGCCCCGCCAACACUAGCCUCCCACGCAGGCGUUUUAGGGGAGCUGUUAAAAACGACCUUCUGGAAAAACAGGCUAAACACGGAGGGUUUUCCUUCUUUUCUUUCCUUCGAAAAGGUUAUGCAACGGAGUUUCUAAAUUUUGAAACAUUUUGCUAUUCAAGGGCCCCUUCGGUUGAGCAGGCGUUUGUGGGGAGGGAUGAAAACGCCAACACUGGAAAACACUGGAAAAACAUUUUUACUGAACCCUUUAAACAUUGUGUACAGGUCAUUCAGUAACCCAGCUACAUCCACUUUUGCGCGGGUAGACUAGGGGCAGAAAUAGCAGAGCUUAUUUUCUUAAAUGACUUCAGAUGGAACCCUCAAAUAAUUCACUGGCAUAAUCUGCUUCUAAUGCUAGAGGGACAGCCGGUUCACCUUCCUGCCCCCAAAUCCUACUUUUCCAAAGACCUUGAGUUUACUAGAGACACCCCAAUUUUUUGCACAACGAAACACGAUUUGGGUUACGUCAAGGGAGGGGUGAUAGACGAAAGAGAAAACCGAAAUGAUGGCGGUACGCUGGCACUCUUUUCAGUUUCAACGACAAAUUCGAGAAGCCGAACAACUAUCCAUUCCAUCUUGCGCAAGGUGCUUUGCUGAAUUCAUUCUAAAUUUUUAAGAGGAUCGGUUUCAAUGUAUGGAACGAACUUUUUAAGAAUAAAAUGUCGUUUGCGGGCGUUUUAUUUGUCAUUUACCAGUAUACUGAAAGUGUACAUUGUUAAAUAUACUUUAAUACCGUGUAAAGGAUAAAAUAAUUUAAGAGAUAAUUGUCGCUUUAAUUAAUUAGUAUACUCUCUCUUCGUUGUUUAGCCUGUAUAUAUGAGUCUAGAAUGAAUAAAGAAUUCUUGUAUCCCUUCAGGUCCAAAAAUUGUUACGUUUUUCACUUUUGUCAGUGAUAAUGUUAAUUACUACACCUAAACAGCGGAGGGCCAAAAUAAACAAAUAAAUAAAAAUAACGAAAGAAAGAAAAGGAAAAAAUUCAUCGGGUGCAAAUAGCGGGGUUAAUGGUAUUACAAAAUACUCUACAUAUUUAAACAGCCUCAUGUAAGAGAUGCUAUGCAUCAAAGAAGUCCGUAAGUACUCAGAGUGCGUCAGAAAGUGCGAAAUUCUUUGUAGAAACUUGUAACAUAUUCUGAUGUCACUAUUCUCUUUAAUGAUCUUUUGUUGUUUUCUUAUAUUUUAUAGAACAUUCAUACGCUUUUGUCUUUUGACUUGACAAUGACGUACGAGAACGUCGAAACUUUGUCAUCAUAUUUUUUAAAACCUUUCCUUUAAUUACUUGUUAAUGCAUUUAAGCAAAAUGUUGUCAAUUUCUUUAUGGCCAAACUUUUCCAAAAAUUACUGUAAAAAAAAGGAAAAAAGAAAAAAAAAAUGCUUAGGCCGCAGCUUGAACCUACGAAAGCAGUGUGAGCACCUAACCGGCGCACUUGCCUUAGCGUGGAACUAGACCAGUGCGUCAUCUGUCCAGUAGCUGCUCACACAGGGCUACUUUUAAAAAGUGUAUUUGCUAUUAGCGAUAUUUGUGCGCGUUAGAUUUCCUUUAUCUGCACUACUUUUCUUAUACUGCAAAAUCGCACACGAUUUUGGUUGAAGAAGAUGCAGAUUGGCUCGAUUUACAAGCUAUAUCGGACGGUUUUUUACGAUUUUCCACGAUUUUGACGCUGGAACAGUAAAAUAAUAUUGAGACAACCUUUUUCAUUUUUCAGGGAUUCGUUAAUCGUAAUAAACCGCGAAAAAUCACCGUAUACUAACUUGAAACCGUGUGGAACAGUUCGUGAACCGUCAGAGAACCGUCCAAGUGUCAUUUAAACCUGGUUAAACACUCUUCAGGAACGUUACACCGUUUACUGACUAACUAAUAUUUCGGUCUUUCGCCAUUGUUUCGUAUUAUAUCAGCAAUGCGACCGUUCAUAGACUGUAUUGUUUUAUCAAUCACACCCUGAAAAAUACUACAAAUUGUCCUUUCUACCCUAUCACAGAACUCGUCAUAUGUUUCGCGAGUAAUGCCUUGUUGAAGAGCGUCUUUUUCUAACUUCCUGGAGGCAAGGUUAAAAAUGUUCUCAAUAGGGUUUAAGUCUGGACUUCGCGGCGGUAUUUUUAAUAGUUCCGAAUUGCAACGACCCAUAGCCUCGCGUGCUGCUUUGCUGUUUUGAGAGGGAUCACCGUCCUGCAGCCAGAGCCGACUCGAUCCUUAGCCGGAUUGCACGAACAUGGUGUUGAAAUUCUGGUCAAUAAAAGAGGAAAAAUAGUUUGCGUCCAUUUUUUCGUAUCUGUCACAGACUAAAACUCCUUUUCCGUGACUUAUUGCAGCCAUGAACUUGGCAACUUUUCCUCCCGUUCCAACUUUUCUUCCUUUAGCUAGGCACCCCUGUGUAAGACCUUCGAAUUUUUGUCUCCACACUCUUCCUUUGGGGGCGCGGGCCUGGUCCAUGGGGUUUGUCUUGUAUACAAACAAGACGCCAUCCAAGUAAAAAGCGAUAGAAUCUUUCCAUACGUUCAGGGGGUAAUCUGCUUGCAUCCUUCUAGCAAAUGUGACUCUCGUGUCUUUGUCCGAUUGGCUCAUGAGUCCCUUUUUGCGUAGAAGACGUCUAACAGUUCGAUCAGAAACAUGACCAAUUCCUGUCCGUUCCAUUAGACGCCGAGACGAAAAGGAGCCCUCUCGGUCUCUCAACUCUUCAAUGCUUCCGAGAAUCAAUGCCUCUUGUUCGGGGGAAAUUUUUUUCCUUCGGCCACAAAAAUGUCUCCUGUUUUCAGGCACUCUUUCCUGUGCACUUGUUAGUCGGUGUGCACUUGUCCUGGAAACCUUGCCGCGCUGAGCAAUUUCUUCGAGCGUGAGAUCUUUAGUAGCCUUAAGAGCUCUAAUUGUAGCCUUAGUUUCCUCGGGUAUUCUUUUUCUAGAUGGCAUGUUUGAAGUGUUUUACGACGAUGAAGAAUAUUUCUUCUCACCUCUUGUAAUUCUUAGGAAAGUUAAACUACGUAUUAUAUAUGCUCUGUGUUACCGAGAAUAUCUCUUUUGUAAUGCCUAAACUUAGACCCGGGAUGGACCGGUGACGCGCGUGACUGCGUCAGAAAACAGUGUUUUCUAGCGAUAAAUGCGUUGAAAGAUGACUCAUUAAUUAGGAGUGACCACUAUUUCUUGACCUAGACACCUUCGAUACAAUCUUGGACAAAAUAAACGGAAAACCUAGACCCCCCCCCCUCCUGCCGCCCUCCCCCCCAUAUCAAGGAUGGGAAAAUGGCGCUUUUUUGCCCUUCGCGCGGCCUCAUCCUUGAUUUGGUGGGAAUGGGGGUUUGCUGUUCCAUUUUAUUUUGCCCAAGAUUGUAGCUUCAAAAGACGUUUUUCUUUUGGCAAAUUCCCUGGAGUGAAUGUGUUAAGAUUUUUACCAAAAUACAUGUUUGAAAUUUUCUUUUCUUACGAAAUUUAAAAACUAGUUGCUUAUGUUGAGACUUGAAGGAUUAGUACUCAUUGCACAUUUGUUUUCUUCAUUAGAAUCGCCUUGGAGACGAGAUGAACGCGACAGAGAUGGACCUCGUGACGAAGGAGUGAAUUGGAGGAGGACUGUGGACAGGGAUGGACCAGCCAGACGUGGUAAUGAUUUGGGUCGCUUCUAUCGUGUUCUUUAAUAGUCGCUUUAUAAAACCGUUGCAAUGCGAUUAGCUAUAAUUAGACUGUCUAUAAUUAAUGUACGGUACUGGAGUUGUUCCGAUGGGUGGUUAAGUAAAAUGUUAACUUUGUCUUUCUCCAACUCCUUUAGACAUGGAUCGUGGGAGAAUGGACGAUCGUAGAAUGGAUGAUCGUGGAAGGAUGGACGAUCGCAGAAUGGAUGAUCGUGGAAGAAUGGACGAUCGUAGGAUGGAUGAUCGUGGGAGAAUGGACGAUCGAAGAAGAAUGGACGAUCGUAGAUUGGAUGAUCGUGGAAGAAUGGACGAUCGGAGAAUGGAUGACCGUGGAAGAAUGGACGAUCGGAGAAUGGAUGACCGUGGAAGAAUGGAUGACCGUGGGAGAAUGGAUGAUCGUAGAAUGGAUGACCGUGGAAGAAUGGAUGAUAAGGGAAGUGCCUGGAGAAGAGAUGAACGCGACCGUCCUCCGUCAAGUGGAUGGCGUGAUCGCGAUCGUGACCGUGACCGUGAUGAGCGUGACCGUCCUCCACCAAGUUCUUGGCGAGGAAGUGGUCGUGAUGACCGUGGACGUGACGACCGUGAUAGGCCAGGUGGUUGGGGAAGGCGUGACCGAGACUCUGGGGAUGGUUGGCGUGGUGGUGACCGUGAAGACCGUUACCGGGGAGAUGGCGAUGGUGACCGCUUUAGAGGAGAUCGUGAUCGUGAAGUUGGUGAUCGUUACCGUGGUGAUCGUGACCGUGAGCGUUCAGGCUGGAGAGGUGAUGACCGUGGUGGUGACAGAGACAGGGAUGGGUGGAGAAGGGAAAGAGAAGAGCCGGGGCGUGACCAGUGGAGGCGGGAACCACCACCUGCUCGAACUGAAGGUUUGUUCGUUAGCUCUGUAGCCUGAGAAAACAACCCACAUUUCGCGACGCCACCUCUGCUCUUCCCGCGAAAUGGCGUCUGAGAAACGACUGCAGAAAUUCCAUACUAAUGACGUGUCACUACCCAGAUCUGGAUAGUGCUUCUGAUUGGUUGUACCGCGAGAGAACUUUGAUUCAGCUAAUCUGAAAGCACUACUCUGAUCUGGGUAGUGACACGUCAUCAGUAUGGAAUUUCUGCAGUCAUUGUUCAGACGACGUCAUUUCGCGGGGAAACUACUCAUAACUAGUGGUAGCGUCGCGAAAUGAAGGAAAUGUCAGCUGUUUUCUCAGGCUGUUAACUCAGGAGUCUAAGUUCAUGAAAUGAAAAAGAUCUGAAGGAAGUGAAUGAAAGGAAAUACUUCCUACGAUACUGGUCGGUUGUCCGCUGCAUUAGGGAAAUUGGGUACAAACGACUAAAAGUACCCAAGGGAAUGACUACAAUUAAAUCACAAGAUGAGGGAAAAUACACAGUAGAUUUAUUGCAAACUGAAACACCUGCAUCACAUGAAAAGAGAUCGCGAUGAGUUUUUUGUUUAGCCUGUAAAUAAGUGAAGUUUCCCUUGUGACGUAAAUGUUGUAAAGUUCUGUAAUUUAUCUCUUCAGGGAAAUCCUGGUCUGCCUCUCGUCGUGGCCGUGAACGACCCCCCGCGGAACAGUCUGAUGCAGACGGCUGGACCAAAGUUCAAUACAAAUGAAAGCUUAGGAAGCAAUGAAUGGAUUCCCAAUUCACUUACUACCUUGGCGAGGAACAAACUGAACACUACUUGUACUAAAGUGGCAAUGAAAUGAAUUAAUGAUCUUCAUUCUUAUACCAACUGGGCGAUUAGUGCUCGCUUUAGCGUCUUGUUUUCAUGUAGGUCAAAGUAGCGCGCAGUACUGGUGGCCAAUGGUGAAUUUAGGUUAGCCCCAUGUCCAAAAAGGAUUAGUUGUAAUCUGGCGAAGUUUCAUGUUUUUACUGAUCAUAAAAUCUUUGGUCGAUAAUAGCCUCAUCGCGACAGGCUAGGACUACGCAGUGUAGCCAUUGGAGUGUGUGUCUUAGUACUGUAUUCGCGAUCUUAGACCUGUAAUAAGUGUAAUAUUUUUUCUGAUAUGGAUUGUUGUAGGCUAAUUCUGCGAGACAGUUGCGCUAAAAUCGACCCGUGAAACGUAGCUUGUUCCAGGCGUUCAGAUAGUUGGGACGGCGCGAAGAAAAGGAUUUAUUUGAAUGCUACUGUUAAUCUUCAACAUGUAGUUCUUGCCUUGUUCAGAGUACUUUAGUGUUCUCGCACGGAAAUCUCCAGCCAGGGUAGAUAUUAGGGAGUUGCAUCUGUUAACAAUAAAUGAUGCGUCUUAACC